CCAGACAUGGCAAAGUCAGGACGACUGAACAGAUCAGUCAGAGAAAGGCAGUUUAUAUAAAAACAUAUUAUUUAAUCGGUCUUUUCCGCAUUAUUUUAUAGAGAGACUUUUAUUUUAAAGGCUCGAUUUCCAGGAUCUCGCGAGAUUGAAUGAUCCAUGCGUUUGAGCAGCUGAGCAAAACUGACUGAAAAUCAAUUUGUUUCUAUGAGCUGAACCCACAAAUUAGACUUUAUUUUACUCUGAAUAUUUAGUUAAUUUGAUAUGGAUGCAGUGGAGACAGCAGAGGAGCUGUUAGCUAAACAGCAUCGUAAGGAAAAGAAAGACUUGCAAGCCAAAAUACAAAGUAUGAAAAAUGCUGUGGCCAAAAAUGACAAGAAGAGGAGGAAACAGCUGACUGAGGAUAUCGCCAGAUUAGAGGCUGAGCUCAGUCAAAAACACGAAAAUGAACUCAAACAACUGCAGAUGUCUUCCACGACAGAAGAGGUAUCAGAUGCAUUGGAUUCCGUGAGUUUGGCAAAUAAUGAGGAAAAAACAGAUGCAAAGCAAACUAGGACAUCUAAAGCGCAGAAGAGAAGGGACAGAAAGACUGCUCUUGAGAAGGAACGGGAGGUCCGGAUCGCUGAGGCAGAGGUGGAGAAUCUUAUCGGCUCCCGACAUCAGGAGGGUCUGAAGCUGAGACAGAAGCUGGCGGAAAAGCACCUGCAGAUCAAAGAGAUCUCCUCUGAUGGACACUGCAUGUACCGCACUGUGGAGGAUCAGCUGACAGAGCGAGGCUGCUCUCUCAGCCUCAAAGAGCUUCGGGCUCAAACAGCUCAGUAUAUGAGAAGCCAUGCCGGUGAAUUCAUGCCUUUCCUUACCGACCUCAAUACAGGAGAAAUGUACACUGCAGAGGAGUUUGCGAAGUACUGCAAUGACAUUGCCGACACAGCUGCUUGGGGCGGACAGUUAGAGUUGAAAGCCCUUUCACAGAUCCUCCAGCUUCCAAUAGAAGUCAUUCAGGCAGAGUCCCCCUCUAUUAUUAUUGGUGAAGAAUAUGGCAAGCCACCAAUCACACUCAUUUACAUGCGGCAUGCAUAUGGACUUGGUGAGCACUACAACUCUGUGGAACCUCUGAAAGAUUUAGCAAAUGAAGAGGUCUGACCUGAUCAGUGACUCACAUCAAUAGAGUAUAUGCAGCUGUGCAUAAUUCAUUAGCCUGUUAAAUUGGACCUACUGGAAUUACUGUACAUUCAGUUUUGAUAGAAGCAACUAAACUGAGCUUGUUCACUCAAGAUGCUCCUAGAAGAUGCUAAAAUAACACAAGGCAGUGACUUUGGAUGCAGUGGAUAAGAUUCAUGUAAUAAUUCAUGCUGUUCAUGAAUUGUCUGAACUGUAUUUACAUUGUUUUAUUUAUGGAAAAAGUGCAUGACAUCGAAGUAAUUUGCUCUAUGAGGUGCUGGAUCAUGUAAAGUGCGACAUGCUAACAUCAUUGUCUUGGAAUAAAGAGAACCUUUGAUCAAA